AUGGCUAGAAAGAGAAAGAGAAGUCAUGCUGUCACAGGAACUGAUGCUGAUAAUGGCACUGGCCUUACAGAUCUCAAUAAACGCCAGAAGCCCUGUAGAGAUACCCACAGAAAGGAUCCUCCGGUAAAGCAAACUUUACUGGCCAAAUACUACCCCAGCGUCUUAUGUCUUCGUGAUUAUUUACUAUCAAAGCUUCCAGUAUCCUCCAAGGUUAGGAGAAAGAAGUUGUUGUCAGCGGGCCACAAGCUUUCAACAAACAUUAGAGAUCAAGGAGAUGAUCAUGAGGAGGAAGAUGAAGAUCAUUUGUUAGGUGACUUUCUUGAUCGCACAUUGAUAGGUGUGUCAUUGAAUCAUGAACUUUCUCAAGAAAAUAGGUUGAAAGAGUGGGUUUCUUUCUCACAGAAAGGAGACAUUUCUGUAUCAACCAUUGCAAAUUCAAGUGGUAAUGAUGUUUACUCUCAAUCAGAGAUUGUUGAUUUUGUUAUUUGGUUACUAUUUUCAAAAUCGAAAUCAUCAAAUGGAAGACUGCAACACUUACUUUGUCAAGGAUAUCGUAAAGAUAUCAGUUCUCAUUCUGUUAAUAGGGAUGAAAACUUUAGGACUUCUAUUCCAGGAAUCAAUUCAAUGUAUCCCAAUAGUCAUGUGACAGCUAUGAAAGCCUGGCCAUGGCCUCAUGUUCUUACUCUGCUAGGCAAAGCUGGAGAACGUGUCAUGUGUGAUUUGAUUCUUGAUUGUGGUGUUUUUGUUCAAAUAGAGAAUGCACAUGGUAGCUAUUACCAACUCAGUGGUCAGCCUUUAAGUGAACUCUCACCUGUCACAACGGACAAAAUCCAUGGAAAAUUAUCUGAGACAGACAGCCCUUCAAGAAAAAGCCAGCAACGAGCUGUCUUGCAUAAUCCAGCUGAAAUCAAUUUUGUAAGAAAUCGAAUGCUUUACGCAAAAGCUGCUUUGAAUGCAAAGGGCGAGGUUCAAUUUGGUUUAAGGCACAUACAUGUUUUGAACAGGUUUCCAUGUCAAGUCAGUGAUGGAAGUGGUGCCAUGCUUAGUCGUCGACGACCUGAGGAAAAUAUCACCCAAAUUCUAAUGUACAUAUUCCCCAUGCAAUUCGGCCUUCACAAUGUCUUUACUUCAGAAGUUGACAAUCGAGAAACUGUUCAGCCAUUCAAGGAUUACACUUUACGUGAAGAUGAAAUUGAUUCCAUAUAUCCUGACGCAAAGGCCAUCAAAAUCCCGAAAAGACUUCGCGGAAAAGCCAGGGAUCUGGUCAAAAAGUUCCAGAUCCUGCACUCCAGGUGCUCAUACAAUAGCUUGUUAGAAUAUUAUUGCCCGAAUCGGAGGAAUCAAGAUCGCAGCGUAGAGGACAUGAAAGCAAAGUGUUCUUCUAAUUCGACGUCAUUCGAAAGCCAUUGUUCUAGAAAAAGCCGAGUCUCCAACACAUUUUUAUCGAGCGCCCCCUCAAUUCCCGCCCGAAAAUCAACUUUGAUGGACCAUGCAAGUUCUGGUGCUGAUGUAUCUGCUUUCUGUCAUGCCGUGCUUCGAAAUAUCGUACCACGCGAAUUCUGGGGCACUGGAGAUGUGCAGGUACAUAACGAGGGCAUCUUCCAAAAGAAUGUGGAUAACUUUAUUAGACUGAGACGAUUUGAGGGUUUAUCACUUCACGAAGUUACUCAGGGAUUCAAGAUUGCCGAGAUUGAAUGGUUGGGAGCACCAAAUACCUCGAACCAAAAAUUGUCACUAACUGAUUUCAAUAAACGACGUGAGAUAUUCCUUGAAUUUGUAUACUAUUUAUUUGAUUCAGUUCUUAUCCCAUUGGUUCGUUCAAACUUUCAUGUCACUGAGUCGAAUAUUCAUCGUCAGCGACUCUUCUUCUUUCGUCAUGAUGUCUGGAAAUCUGUGGCUGAGCCUGCUCUGGCUUCAUUGAAGUUGAAAAUGUUCGAGGAAGUAAAACUGGGAGAGGCUCAGCAGAUACUUGGUUCGCGAGCCUUAGGCUUUAGUCAGAUGCGUCUGAUACCUAAGGAGACUGGCGUGCGACCAAUUAUGAAUCUAAGGAGAAGAGCCAUGCGGAAAGGUGAUAAGCGUCUGCUAGGUGCCAGUAUCAAUAGUGUGUUAGCACCUGUUCACAAUGUACUCACCCACGAGAAGGCAAGCAAUAUAGGUCGCCUUGGAUCAACUCUUUUCUCUGUCGGCGAUUUAUAUCAAAAGGUCAAAUCCUUCAAAGCAUCUCUUAACUCACCAACAAAACCUCUCUACUUUUCCAAAGUUGAUGUCCAGGCUGCAUUCGACACCAUUCCUCAAGCUGCAGUCAUCAAGCUCAUGACCACCAUUCCUUCCGAAUCAGAGUACAGGUUCGCGAGACAUGUUGAGAUCCGACCUACAGAAGCCUAUGCCACCGACCCUAAUGCACCAAAUAAGCCCAUUAGAAGAUGGAAAUCACACGCCAAAUCCCUUCAUCAUCUCGACAAUUUCGAUGAGGAUCUCGAAAACGAUAUAGCCAUUGGCAAGAAGAACACUGUUUUUGUUGAAAAUAUUGUCAACCAAAUCCGUGAUACUGACUCUCUUCUCCAAAUUCUGACUCAACACAUUUCCCAAAACAUGGUUAAGAUUGGCAAGAAAUUCUACCGUCAAAAAGAAGGAAUUCCACAAGGUUCGGUCCUUUCCUCUUUACUUUGUAAUUACUUCUAUGCGGAUCUCGAAGCCAAGCAUCUAUCAUUUCUACAAUCUGGGGAAAGUCUGCUGCUGAGAUUGAUUGAUGAUUUCUUACUUAUAACACUCAAUCCCGCACAUGCGAAACGCUUCUUGAAAAUCAUGCAUGAUGGGAUAUCAGAGUACGGAGUGGGUGUGAACCCGGACAAGACACUUACCAAUUUUGAGGUGAUGAUUAAUGGUAAGAAAAUAAAGAGGGUGGUGGGCGAGAAAAAGUUUCCUUAUUGUGGUAAUUUGGUGGAUAUGAAGACUUUGAAUAUUGCAAGGGAUAGGGAUAGGAGGAAAGAUUUGGUAAUACAAGAUUCGCUCACAGUCGAAUAUUCAAGAAUUCCGGGGAAGACAUUCCAUCGGAAAGUUCUCAAUUCCCUCACCCUGCAAACCCAUCCCAUGUACCUCGACACUUCUCACAAUUCCCUCUCUACGGUCCGAAAAAAUAUCUACACCUCUUACAUUGAAAGUGCAACGAAAAUGAUGGCAUAUAUAAAAUGUUUACCUGUUGCCAAAAAACCAAAAAGUGCAUUGGUGAUUAAGACAGUAGAGGAUUUAGUUAGAUUGGGUUGGUGUUUGAGUAGACGGGGAAAGAAGGGCAGUAGUAAGGUUGGAGGGAAAGGGGGAGAUUUGGAUAAGGAUACGAAUGAGGAGGAAAGUAGCAACAAAGAUCAUUAUGCAGGUUAUAAAUGCGAGGUUUCACAAAGGGAAAUGAGGAGGUGGGGUUUGGGCGCUUUUCUGGAGGUAAUGAGGAAGAGGCAGAGUGGGUAUGCGGCGGUGGUGGAGUGGUUGGAAAGAGAGUUGGAAAAAUUGUGA